ACUUCCAGACCCAGUUCUGACUGCAGCAAAACAGGUCAGCACACAAGAGCAGCCUCAGAGCUCGGACACCACACAAAGACAAGAGAACAAAGGAUUUAAAGGACAAUUUAACAAGAAAAGCAAGACUGAACUGAAACUGAAGACUUUUGCUAAACUUGUUUGGGAGGAUUUUUUUUUUUUUUUUUAGAUCUGCUGUGAACUGAUUUCCUGGUCAAAGCAUAAAAGGGGAUAUAUUAUUCUGUGGAUAAUGGACAAAAACCCUCACUUUUAUAAUCAGGAUUUAUUGCUUACAAUGACAACUCCAAUGAGUAAUGGGACUCGAGCCCUGUUUGUUAACAGUUCUAGUGGCAUUGAACAUGCCAUUGAAAGCUGCGAGGCCAGCAACCAGCCAGUGUACACUUUCUAUGCAGUCAUCAUGAUUAUCAUUUUCAUCUUGGCUUUGCCUCUGAAUGCGUCUGUCCUCCACCUCUUCAUCUUCAAGCUUAAGUUCUGGAAGUCAAACAGCAACAACGUUUUCCUCUUCAACCUGGUCUUGGCCGACAUUCUCUUGCUUUUCUGUUUGCCUGUGAAGGCGCACAACUUCCUCCACGGAGAGAGGAGGAGUGCCGACGACAAGGUGUGCAAAGCCAUGCUCUUCAUGCUGUUCCUCAACCGAGGGGCCAGCAUCGCCUUCCUGACCGUCACAUCGAUCGACCGAUACUUCAAUGUGGUCCACCCCGGUCGAAAGAACCUCCUCAGGGCUCUCAAGAAGUCUCCUCAGAUCUCCAUCAUCAUCUGGCUCCUUCUCCUGCCUCUCACCAUUCCCACCAUGCUCAAGAACUUUGAGUGCUGCAACAGCCACAAGAGCGAGGAUGGUGAGCAAGAAGAUGCCGUGAUCAAGGAUGUGGUGGACAGCCUCCGAGAAGUGGUCUUCUUCACCCAGAUCAUCAUCCCCUUCAUCAUCUUGGUCUACUGCACGGUGCACAUCGUCAACCGGCUCCGAAAGAAAACCAUCGGGGAUAAGACCAAACUGAAGAGGGCGGUCUUCCUGGUCACCUCUGUCAUGGUGGUCUUCUCCAUCUGCUUCCUCCCGUGCACCAUAGCCAGGAUGGUGCUGCUCAUCAUCAGGGUCAGCCACGGCAGCGAGCGCUAUGAGGACAUUGCCGCUAUGGUCUUUGAUGGCCUCAUGACCUUCUCCUACAUGGACUGUUUACUGGAUCCCCUGGUCUACUGCUUUUGUAGCACCAAGUUUAAAGCACUUUAUCUCUCCAAUUAUUUCCCGUUCCUAGUGAAAGGAGAUACUGUUCUGUCAGAAAGCUCACAUUCUGCAGGGAAUGUGCCGCCUCCCACACGCAGUACUGUCAUUUAAGAUUUAUGGCAAUGCAGUAUGCUGUGGUGAUAACCAGUGCAACCCAACAAUACCUACCUUACCUUAUA